AUGAUUGCUCGAAGUCGUCAAACUGCAGUAAAUUCUCUCUCAAGAAUUGCUCAACCAGAACUUGUCACUUCGAAUGUCGUGGCGCAAAGUCCUUUUCAUCUCUGUGGAACUUUGACUCCUACUUCUGAUCCUCCGAAGGCAUUGCCUACUAUCAUCAGUUCUGACACUCAAUCUAUCGGCCAUCUAUGUAAGAUAUCUCCCAUGGACACUCUGCAAUCUGAUAUUAGGCCUCAGAGAGGGUAUAUGUCAAUGUCUACAUUAUCAUCCAGUUUACAUUCAUCUGCUGCUUCAUCUAUAGUCGGUACACUUACUUCGUCUUUCGCGUCGUCAUCAACACUUCCAACCUUUCCAACCGAUCAAACAUCGAAUAUUCACUCGGUUCCCUCGACUGGUUAUAUGAUCCCGUCUCUCUCUUCAUCAAUGCCCCAACAUUCUUUUCAUUCCCCUUCGAUCAACUCGUCUGUGCUGAUUAACUCACUUUCUCCCAUGCCAGCUCUUUCAUCACUCUCUCAUACAGGAUCCAUAGUUCAAUCAGCUCCCCAACCACUGCUUCAUUCUGGAUUAUCUCUACCAAAUGUAGUCACAUCAUCUGGAGUUUACGUCCCAAGUCAUCAUCAUGCUCAAAUGGGACCCAAUUUGAUUAAUACUAAUGGAAUCAUAGGUUCAACUGCCUCUUUUCUCCAUCCUACGAUCUAUACUUAA